CGAAUUGGACCUUUACGUUUUCUUCGCGGAGAAAAAAAAAUAAAUUGAUUCCAUUUGUUAUUCAAUAAAAUUCAUCUUUUUGUUUUGUUUUGUUUCUGUUGAUGAGAAAUAUUAUUUUCCUCAAAGGUGGACUCUGAGCUGUUGUUUAACAAUGAAUUAACCAAGAGACCAAUGGAUAAUUAAUAACAAUUAACCCCAACAUAACCUUCAACCCAGUGAUUACCUUAACCAACCUUUUACCAACAGCGAUCAUCCUAAUAAUAUAAAUUGCUCCCAGUUAAUUAUUAGAUUUAAUUGUUCACCUACUAAUAAUAAUCUGUAGUUGAACAAGAGUCAAUUUAAUUUAAGUGUAAUUCCGUUUGAUACAAUUUGAUCCGAAAAUUACAUUAUCAUUUCAAAUCUUCCAAAGGGAAUCACAUUAAUAGUCCACUGAUUUAAAAUAUUUUCCACUUUAAUUGUUCCCAAAUGUUACUACUCAUCAUAUCAUCUAAUUAAUCAAUUGCUGGUCCAAAUUGUUAUCAAGCUGAAAUUCAUUUUAUAUCAUCGAUAAUCAAUCAAUAUCAACAAAUCAAUUCGAAACCAAAGGUUGUGACAAAUGACGGUUAAUUUGGCCGGAGUUUUUUCCGUUGUGAUAUUUUACAUUCUAAUCUUAGCUGUUGGUAUUUGGGCUGGAAGGAAGAAAUCACCUGAUGGCGUCGAAACGGAAACGGAAGAGGUUAAGGUCGGAACAUUGGCCUAUUCGUCGGUAUAUUCACCAUGACAGCUACUUGGGUUGGAGGAGGUUAUAUUAAUGGAACCGCUGAAGCGAUGUAUGCCCAUGGACUGAUCUGGUGCCAGGCUCCGUUUGGUUACUCGGCGAGUUUAGUUGUUGGGGGAUUCUUUUUUGCCACCAAGAUGCGUGAACAAGGAUACGUUACAAUGUUAGAUCCUUUCCAGGAGAUUCUUGGUGGACGAAUGGGUGGCCUUUUAUUUUUACCCGCUCUCUGUGGUGAGGUUUUCUGGUCCGCAGCCAUUUUAGCUGCCCUUGGGGCAACCGUUUCUGUUAUCAUUGACUUGGACAACGAUACAUCCAUCAUCUUAUCAUCCGUCAUUGCACUAAUUUAUACACUUUUCGGUGGCCUGUAUUCCGUUGCAUAUACCGAUGUUGUCCAACUUUUCUGUAUCUUUAUUGGCCUCUGGUUGUGUAUUCCAUUUAGCCUCGCUCAUCCAGCGGUUAAAAGUUUCUCCCCUGAGAUACAUGAUUGGUUUGGUAAACUUCCGGCCAGUCAAUUUGGCCAAUAUCUUGAUUAUGGUCUUCUAUUGGUACUUGGUGGUGUUCCAUGGCAGGUCUACUUUCAACGGGUUCUAUCAUCAAGGUCAGCUUUCAAGGCGAAAAUACUUUCAUAUGUUGCAGCCUUUGGCUGUAUAAUUAUGGCCAUUCCUUCAAUGAUUAUCGGCGCCGUUGCCCGAACUACAGCAUGGGAAGAAACUGAUUUCCCAGGAAGUCUUCCCUUGGAUAAGGAACAUCAAUCAUUGGUCUUACCGAUGGUUCUUCAAUAUCUAACUCCUCCGUUUGUACAAUUUGUCGGCCUUGGAGCUGUAAGUGCUGCUGUUAUGUCUUCUUCCGAUUCCUCACUGCUCAGUGCAUCGUCAAUGUUUGCCCAUAAUGUGUAUAAAUUAAUGAUCAGAUCAAAUGCAUCUGAACACGAAGUUGUUUGGGUUAUGAGAAUUUCAAUCGUUGUUGUUGGCGCUAUCGCAACGGCAAUGGCUCUUUCCGUUAAAUCAAUUUACGGCCUUUGGUAUUUAUCUUCGGACCUUGUCUAUGUUAUACUUUUCCCGCAAUUAGUUUGUGUUGUCUACUUUAAACGCCAUUGUAACACCUAUGGUUCCCUAGCAGCUUAUAUUAUCGGUUUCAUGCUUCGAGCCCUUGGUGGUGAAGAUAUACUUGGUCUUCCGCCGAUAAUUAAAUAUCCCUUUUACUCUGAGGAACAAGGUCAAUUGUUCCCAUUUCGUACUUUUGCCAUGUUGACCUCAUUCGGUACACUUUUGGGUGUAUCAACUUUCACCAAGCACAUUUUCGAGAAUAAUAUUCUACCAGCUAAAUAUGACUUUUUCCAUUGUGUAAUAAAUAUACCCGAUGAUGCGGUUGUUGUUGGUGACCCUCAAGAAGGUGAACUGUCCGUUCUUAACUUAUCGAUUGCCAAAAGUUAUCAACAAUCAGAGAUCAAUGGAAGAAUCAAUCCAGGCCUGGCAACGGACGACGAUGAUGUUAACAAUAAUAAUACCACAACAAUUGUCUCAUCAAGUGCCGUUGUUGAUUCUCAUCCUUCCUCAUCGACUUCCUCCUCCCAGCGACCCAAAAGCUAUGGGGUAACAGCUAAAAACUUAUUGGCUCGAGCAAGUACAUUAGAGGAAAAGUUUAGUUCUUAUAACGAUGAUAAGCCGCCGAUACGACGGAUAGUUACAAACGACUUGUUGACAGGCCUUCACCAAUCAAUGGACCCGAACAAGAUCUGACUACACAAGUUUCGAAGCUUUAAAUUUUAGGUCAACAAUUGGACGGAAAAAUGCAAUCUAAACACCGAUAAUAUCGACAUGAUGACAUCUCUGCAUUUCUCAAUCUUCAACAGAUCAAAGGAUCAAUUGAUUAACCUUUGAUAGUCUAGUAAAGUAAAUAAUCAUUACUAUUUAUUUAUUCAUCAAUAAUCAUCAAUGGUUGUGAAUGGAAGCCAAAUCCUAAAGUGAAAAACCAAAAGUUAAUCCAAACAAUUCCAAGUGAAAUAAUCAAUGGAUUAGUGAAACAAUUUAAAGAAAAAAAAAAUUUAAGGAAAAUCAAAGGUUGUGAUUGAAGAGAAAUCUUCAAAAUAUCAUUUGUUAAUUUCCACAAUUAACUAACUACAAUUAAGAAACAAACUAAGAUUAUAAUGGUUGUGAACUUGAAAGUUUUUCAGUUAAACAAAAAAAUUAACUGUAAACUUUUUUUUUUUGAUAAAUAAUCAGCUGAUCGUUUUUAUUUAAAUUAAUUUUGUGAGUUCUAGAGGAAAGUUUUUUGUUUGUUUAAUUGUUAAUAUCAAUUAACAAGAAAAGUUUAGUUUAAUUUCAAAUUUCAACUGAAUACAAAUUGUUUUUGAUUGAAAAAAAAAACGCUUCUAAUUAACUAAUAUUUAUAUGAAUGGAUUUUCAAUUCAAUCAAAUCAAUUUUAAAAGUAAUCAAAUUAGCAACUGAUUUGGACAAAAAUAUAACAAGCAAACUAGAAAUGAAGAUAAUUGUUGAGAUAUUAAUUGUUGACAGCGUUAAUUGUAAACCUAUUAAUUGCUCAGAGUGUUCUAGGUGCUAUAAUAGCAAUAAUAUUAUGUCCAAACAAUUAAGUUUUUGAUUAACUGUUGAUUAUAAUUUGUUUGUUUUGCUUUUCGCCCACAAAGAAACCUAUUUAUUACUAGAAAAUAAUAAUAACAAUUAACUAAUAAUGAAAAAAAAAGUGAUCGUCAUAAAAAACAUUACCAACGAUCUCAUUUUUGAUUACUAAAUAAUAAUAACAAUUAAAAACUUAAGGUUGUGAGAAUGAUGGUGAUAACAAUUAACAAAUUAAUUGGUAUUAUAAACAAUCAACUUGAUUGUCUUAGUUGAUAACAUUUUCUGUUUAAAAAUAAUGUUAAAUGUUUCAUAUAAUAUUAUCAGGGUUAUCUUAAUUAUCGUUAUGUAUUUAAAAAAAUAAUAAUAUUGUUGUGUUAAUCCAAAUUGAUUUACAAUUUAAAUUGUGAAUCAGUAAAAUUGUACUCUAAUUGUUAACUAUUAUCUAAAUUGUAACAACCCUGAUAUUUACAUUUGUAUAACAACAAACGUAUUGUUUACACGGAGUAACUUUUUUGCCCCUUCUUAGGGUUUUAAUUUAAUCUUUGUUUUAAUCAAUUGAAAAUAAUCAAUUGUGAUGACACUUAAUCAACAUAAUUCUGAGAUUAGUUAAUUUAAUAACUGAGUGAAUUGACCAACAAAUGGACAACAACAAUCAAAGACAAAUUCAGGUAUAAACUCAAAAGGUUGUGAACGAAACAGAAACUUGAUUAAUAUCUAAUAAAGAAAUUUAAACGAUUA